AUGGCCGAAUCUGGUGGUCAGGCAGCUCGGCCAAGUCAGUCUCUGUUUGGUCCGUAUCCCCUGCCACCAUCGGCAGCUGCCUUCAUGGCACAGGUGGAGACGGAGAACGAACUGAACGCGGAUGAGUUGGCUUCGAUGAGAACCGCAUUUGAGAAACAGAAUGGACCAGCGGCCGUUGAUGAGCCAGUUGUGGGGCACAUGAAUGCUGCUGGUAUCAUCGAGGAAUGGAACCUGCCGUGGAAAUGCAUGAUCAGAAUUUUUCAGAGGGAAAUUGAAACGGGCCGACCCCUUUUCUUUCCGACAAUGACCGUCGCGCAGUCAUGCCGAUGGCCACAAAUCAAAACUACUAAGACGCUUCAGAACAUGGUCGGAGAUGUUCGAUUUCAGAUGAGUCGACACCAGCGUGUGGUCAUCCCUGCUAAGUUUGUACUGAUGGCCCCGAAAGAUCGCGCAUUGUUGACCGGUGAUGAGGUGAUGGAAUGGCAUGCGGCCAGCGAGCGUCUCAUUCGAGACGACAUUCCGAGACGAUACAAGGACUACCUCAAAUCGGAGAUAAGGAGGUAUGACCCUCGACUACAACAAUCCCGAAGCCGAACUUGGUCAAAGUACAUGGCUGAGGACCGACCAUCAUGGAUCAAGCUGGAGACGAUCAGAUGCUGUGAGAUGGGAAUCAUCCCCGUCGAGGUUGAGAAGAAGAUUACUUCGGAGUAUUCAUAUUACCUCAACGAAAAGCUGUUCUUCGACACCAGCGACGACGUUAUCAUCGCCCCUGACCUGACACGUAUCCCUAUUCGUAUGUUGCCUGUACCUUCUUCCACGACACAGAUAGAACAGGAUCUGGUGUUCUGGCGUGCUCAUGGAUCAUGGCCCACCAAAGGUGGCAAUAAUAAGGACCGACUGAUUGCUGCUAACAUGUCACUCUUACAAAUCACUAAUGAACUGACCGAUGCUCGAAAGAAGAACGACGACCUGAGAGAUAAGGUCAAGAUUGGUGAGGACGAACGACGAGAGUUGAAAAAGGUUGUGGCAGAGUAUGAGGCUAAACAGUCUCAGUAUGAAGAUUGGAGAAAAGAUUCUGAGCGCCUGGCUGUGUUGCAGGCUGAGUGUGAACAUCUACAGACGGCGAUGAAAGAAACACAGAACAAUGCUCAGGAAGAGGUGAAAAGGGCUGAAGAAGAUGCCAACACGAAGCUGAGAGAGGUUGAAGGUCGCGCCAAAGCAGCUGAGCGACGACUGAUGAUGAAGGCAGGAUCCGUGGGAUUUGCGGUGGGAGUUUUCGGGUCCCAGGUUAUGAUUAAGAUGUGGGAAGGGUUGGUGGUCCUGUGCGGGUGGUUGUUCCACGAACUUGGAGAGUUGGUGACGACGGUCAAGAACGCAUUGAGGGCGUUCGGACUUUUGCUGGUGGCCUUGGGCCGGACGUUGACCGACGAGUGA